AUGGCGUGGGGACUUGUUCAACUUAAUUCACAUAUCUCAUCUAUCUGGUGCAACUUUUACAGAAAAAGCAAAUUACAAGUUGCCCAAAAAAACUUGAAACCUUCAAGAGAGCUGGCAAUGAAAGUUUUAGAGCCUUUUGUUUCUGCUGCGGUGGUUUUGCAAGACUCAAUCAAACUUCUCCCCAAAAAUGGGAAGCUCAUAGCAUUAACCAUUACACCUGCUCUUCUUUUCUCCUCCCUCUUCUUCUUGGUUUUCAAUUUCUCCUGCAAAUCAAUGUUAAGCGACAUGCUCAUGAGGCAGUCUUUCAUACCUUUAACCAGCACCAAUAGAGCUGAUUUCUUGACCAUACUCGCCCGUCUCAAAGAAGAUUUCGGCCUCUGGCAAGUUGUUGGUGCUACUUUGAUUCUUGCCUACUGUAUCAUCUCCCUCUUCUCCAUAAUUUCAACCAUUCUGGUGUCUGCCAUUUCAUAUACUGAAAGGACAUUAAGCACCAAGGACUUUAUUUUACUUGUACUGAGAUCCUGGAAAAGGGCGUUGAUAGUCGGAUUUUAA